AUGGCGGCAACCGUUAGCGCGUGGGCAAAGCCAGGCGCGUGGGCCCUGGACGCCGAGGAGAACGAGACGGAGCUCCUCAGCCAGCACCGGGAAGACGCAGCGGCCGCCAUCAAUGGCCGCUCGAACACCGGAGGGGCGGCGGAUUUCCCGUCGCUCAGCGCCGCCGCCGCCGUCACCAAGACGAAGAAGAAGAAGAAGCCGCAGACCGUUUCCCUCCAGGAAUUCGUCAAGCCGGAGGCGACCCAGCCGAAGGGCCUGACGCAGGACGAGCUCCUGGCCCUCCCGACCGGACCCCGCCAGCGCACCGCCGAGGAGCUCGAUCGGAACAAGCUCGGCGGCGGAUUCAGAUCCUACGGCGUCGGGAUCAGGGACGAGCAGCCUCGCCGCCAGGGAGGCUUCAAUCGCGAGGCCGAUCGGGAAUUCGCUCCGUCUAGGGCUGACGAGACCGACAAUUGGGCAACCGGUAAGAAGUCGUCUCCGGCUGGAUUCGGAGAUCGGAGGGAUAGGGGAGAAAGAGGAGGCUUCUUCACUGAUUCUCAAUCACGCGCAGAUGGGGUCGACAAUUGGGCGUCCAAGAAGAGCUUCGUGCCCUCUGAGCCGAGAAGGCUUGAGAAAAGAGGUGGAUUUGGCUUAGAAUCGGGUAACAGCGGCUCUGAAUCGGAUAACUGGCUGAAAAGGAAGGAAGAUGAAAGGCCAAGGCCCGGGAGCUCUUUCGAUAGCCUGAGAGAGAGGAGAGGUGUUUCUGAUGCAGAUUCCGAGAGUUGGGGGAGGAAAAGGGACGAGUCAAGUGUUGGUGGUGGCCGGCCAAAACUGAAUUUGCAGCCGAGGACAUUGCCGGUGGGUGAAGGCCAAAAAGAAGAAGUGGCCGGAAUGGUUAAGCCGAAGAGUAGCAAUCCUUUUGGCGAGGCCCGGCCGAGAGAGGAGGUGUUGAAGGAGAAGGGCCAAGAUUGGAAGGAGAUUGAGGAGAAGCUUGAGUCUAUGAAGGUGAAGGAAGUGGCUUCUGUGGGUCCAAAGAGAAGCUUUUGGAACGGUAAUGGGAGGGAGAGACCCCGUGUGGAGGAACAGAAUGCCUGGAGGAAAUCAGAAGCUGAUGGUUCUCGGCCACAGAGAUUGUUUGGAUUUUCCUCUGUAUUGGUUGAGUUGGUUUUGGAUUUGGUGACUGAGCUGAACAUAGCACGAAAACGAAAGGCCAUGGCGAGAGGCAAAUCGCCGCCGUCUCUUCUCUCCGUACUCUCUCUCCUCCUCCUCCUCCUCUCGGGCCUUCUCCUCGAAAUCAAUGGCCACGAUUUCUCGAUCGAGGAAGCCACAGUCGACGAAAUACGCCGCGCGUUCGCUGAGAAAAAGCUCACUUCCCGCCGGCUCGUCGAGUACUACCUGGACCGCAUCAAAACCUUAAAUCCGGCACUCCGAGGUGUGAUUGAGGUUAACCCAGACGCGCUGGACCAGGCGGAGGCGGCCGAUCGUGAGAGGGAGGCGGGCAAUGGCGGUCUCCCGCCGUUGCACGGCGUGCCGGUGCUUUUGAAGGACAGCAUAGCUACACGAGAUGAGAUGAACACCACGGCAGGGUCGUUCGCGCUGCUCGGGUCGGUGCCGCCGCGCGACGCCGGGGUGGUGGAGCGGCUGAGGAGAGCUGGGGCGGUGAUUCUGGGGAAGGCGAGCAUGAGCGAGUGGUACCACUUCCGGUCGCCGCGGAUUCCCGAUGGGUGGUGUGCCAGAGCUGGUCAGGGCGUGAAUCCUUACGUAAAGGAUGGAAAUCCAUGCGGUUCAAGCAGUGGAUCGGCAAUAUCGGUGGCUGCCAACAUGGCAAUGGUAUCUUUAGGGACCGAAACUGAUGGAUCCCUCAUUUGCCCGGCCGAUCAUAACUCAGUUGUGGCUAUCAAGCCUACUGUUGGGCUCACCAGUCGAGCCGGUGUUAUCCCACUUUCUCCUCGUCAGGACACUGUUGGGCCCAUCUGCAGAACAGUUUCUGAUGCUGUUUAUGUGCUGGAUUCUAUCGUUGGCUUUGAUUCGAGAGACUCAGAAGCAACAAAGGCAGCAGCCAAGUUCAUUCCUGUGGAUGGAUACACACAGUUCCUCAAUAAAGAUGGGCUCAAGGGUAGGAGAUUAGGUGUAGAGUUAUGUCAAGAAUUAGGUCAAGACAUCCUCAUUGCUGCAAACUCGACAAACGGCAUUGAAAACGAGCAGAGACAGGCAGUCGAGACUAUGGAAAGACUAUCAAGAGACGGGUUCGAGAAGUUAAUGAUUGAAAAUGAAUUGGAUGCGAUGGUGACUUUAAAUUGGGAUGCCUCAACACUGCUUGCAAUUGGAGGAUUCCCCGGGAUCACGGUGCCAGCUGGCUACGACUCGAACGGAAUGCCUUUCGGAAUUUGUUUCGGUGGCCUGAAAGGCUCGGAGCCUUUGUUGAUCGAGAUUGGGUAUGCAUUUGAGCAAGCUACUCGGGUCCGAAAGCCGCCUUCUUUGAAGUUGGCUGAUUUUCUUCAUGCAAGCAUUUGA